AUGGAGCAACACACCAACGACACAAAGUUCUUUGAUGUUAUCAUCAUCGGUGCUGGAAUAUCUGGCAUCAACGCAGCAUACCGCCUACAAACAGAAGGCCCUUCGAAUCUCACCUACGCCAUACUUGAAGGUAGAGAUUCCAUUGGUGGCACUUGGGAUCUAUUCAAGUACCCUGGUAUCCGAUCAGACUCCGACAUUUUCACCUUUGGCUUUCCCUGGAGUCCUUGGACACGUAAUGAGUCUUUGGCCCCCGGAGAAGAGAUCAAAGAUUACAUGAUCGAAUCAGCUCGCUCGGCCGGUAUCGACCAUCACAUCUGUUACAAGCAUUCUGUCAAACAAGCCAACUGGUCUACCAAGGACAAGAGAUGGAACUUGGAGGUAUUCAGCAACGGCGAUGAGAAGCCCACCACGUUCCAAGCCAAAUUCUUGCUUCUUGGAACUGGGUACUACGACUACCAGACACCUUUGCAGACCGUCAUUCCUGGAAUCGAGAGAUUUCAAGGCAAAGUUAUUCAUCCCCAGUUCUGGCCUGAAGACUACGACUACACCAACAAAGACGUUGUAGUCAUCGGAAGCGGCGCUACGGCCGUCACCAUCGUUCCGUCUGUGGCAGACAAGGUCAAACGAGUCACCAUGCUUCAACGGAGCCCCAGUUACAUCUUUCCUCUCCCCUCAAGUAGCUUCUUCACGCGCCUUCUCUUCACCAUUCUCCCCGCCAGCAUCGCCCUCUUCAUCAAUCGUCUUCUAUGGCUAGUGAGGAGCUAUCUCACCACGGUUAUGUGCAAGUCCUGCCCUGGACUAGCCAAGAAGAUCAUCAAGCACGUCACCAUCAAACAACUACCUCCCAACGUCAAGUGGGAUCCUCACUUCAAACCCCGCUAUAACCCAUGGGAGCAGCGCUUUUGUGCAUGCUUGAACGGCGAUUUCUUUGCUGCUAUUCGUUCUGGAAAGGCAGAUGUUGUGACCGACAAGAUCAAGACUGUCACGGAGAAGACCAUCGAGCUUGAAUCGGGAGAGACGUUGCAUCCUGAUUUGAUCGUCACGGCGACAGGUCUCAAGGUGCGCUUUGGAGGUGGUAUCAGGUUCAGUAUGGAUGGCAGUGAGUUCAACGUCGCCGACAAGUUCGCCUGGAAGGCUGCCAUGCUUGAGGAUGUCCCCAACUUGCUUUUCAUGACGGGAUAUGAGAACGCAUCAUGGACUCUGGGUGCCGAUGUCAGCGCUCGACUAUGUGUGCGUAUCCUGCGAAAGAUGGAAGAGAAGAAGGCAGUUGCUGUCAUUCCACGUCUGACAUCUUCAGAGGGCAUGCCUGUGAAGCCAAUGAUGAGCUUAUCCUCAACAUAUCUGAAGAAUGCUGGGUCGGUGUUUCCCAAGGGUGGUACGGGGUUGUGGAGUCCCAAGUCAAAUUACUUUUCGGACAUGGCUGGUGCGAAAUGGGGUGAUAUCACUACAGGGCUGGAGUAUGUUUCAUAG